AUGCUCGGCAAGCAAGCCACUAUCUUCGCACUUCUUUCCACGAUCAUCGGUCUCACAAGCGCUGCGCUAGCCGUUAUGACAACGGUAGUAAGUCCACAACCUACCGAACCGACAGCACCGUUUACGAUGGACCCUUCGCUCAUCCGACGCCAGUGGCAGUGGCCAUCGGUUACAGCCUCUGCACCUGCAUGGACGCAGCCUGCCUGGACUCCAGGAGCCCAACCAACCUGGGCCCCAGAAACGCAAUGGGCUCAGCCCUCCUCAGUCCCCUCGUCAAUUCCCGCCCCUUCGGUAUCCCCACUGCCAACCACAAAUGCGCAAGCCCACAACAACUUCUCCGACGGACGAUCUAUGAGCCUAGCCUGGCUAGCCAUCCCGGUAAUCGUCGUCUUCCUAGCUCUCUUAGGCGCCGCAUGGCACUGCUACCAGAAGAAGCGGCACGGCAUGGACCCAUGGAAAUGCUGCCGUCGGACGAAGAAGUCAAAACCGCACGGGGACCUCGAACGAGGGCUAACUGAGAAGGAAUCCCCAGUCGCUCUCUCCGGUGCCGGUCACCACUACCCCCAUCGCCCGUUAGACGAACUCUGGGAGCCACCAAAACGCGUCACCCGAGCUGCGACUUCACCAACAGGCUCAAGACAAUGGUACCAAGCGAAUCAUUCCAGGGAUAAGCCUCUCCCGCCUCUUCCAGCUGCCUCGCCAGCUGCCCGAAACUUCAGCGUCCCGGCGCGACCAGUCCUUGAUAGAGCUCCGGCCACGACCCAGUUCACCAUCCCUAGGAAGCCGGUACCCGUGGCUCCAGCGCAGCGCUACAGGUCGCAUCGCGCGGCGGUGGUCAAUGGUCCGGCAGAGCCUGAGCCGCUUCCGUGGGAGGAGAUCAACCGCGACACGGAGAACUGGGUGAAUAGUGGGGCGGGCGUGAAUAGGAGCUCGUCUGGCUUCACCUGGCCUAUGGAUGGCUCAGACACACAUGCGCCAUCGCAGCCUCGCAGGUUAAGACCCUCGAUGCGACCGAAUUCGACUCGCACAAAGACACACCCCUCAUCCGCCAUCCGGCAUGCAACUCUCUCGCAGUCUGCGCCCUCAGACACCAAAACGCACCCUUCAGAACCAGGUCGCCACUCAGCAGCGUAUGUGCUGGAUAUUCCCACGGCGACACGACAUCGGCAACCUUUCAACGGAUUUCCGGCCUUUGAAUCGCCGGCAUCCUCGAGCCCACAGCAGGCAGAAGCCACAGUUCGCAGUGCAAAAGGUGACCCAUUACCAGCUACUCAACUUCUAGGAGGUCAUCGUUUCUUUGUCAUUGCAUCCACACAGCCGUCGCAGUUUCCCUGGCCAACCGCGCAAGAUGCUUCACAGCCAGUGGUCACCAUGUCCUUUGUCUAUGUCGCGCCGUCAAUGGAAACGUCACCGAUCUCAACACCUCCGUUUGAGACAGCUAUAUCAGUUGCAUCAACGGACUUCAUCCUCCCGGAGACUACCUCACGAACUCAAAUACCACCUCCUUCUACUUUACAAACGUCCCCCACUCCCGUCCCCACCCGCGCGGUAACGAGCGACGUACCUCCCAGCCCUACCCUUAUGGAAGGCCCCAACAAGCCCGAGCAAGGCAACCGCACUGUCCCCAUCGCCGUUGGCACUGUUUGUGGCAGUCUCAUCCUAUUUCUCCUCGCCAUCUAUGCGAUUAUGCACUGGCGGAAGCGCCGUCCUUCUGUGAAUGAAGAAGAACCCUCUUCUUUCAUAGAUCCUAAGCAUGAUACGUGGCGCGCUAGUGGUGGCUUAAGGAGGUAUACAAGUUGCAGCAACACUAACACAGCAACACCGGACAGCGUGGAGCGGGAAAAGAUGCAGACUACUACAUCAUUGAGUUGGGUGGAUUGGGUACAGAGCACGGGAAUAGUGCCGGGCGCGGCGAGAAGGUGGUUUGGGGUUUUGAAGAAGUCUUCUCGAGUGAUGCAAGAGACAGAGAUCUCGGAAGAAGCGGAGACACAAGGUAGGCCGGCCAGCCGGAAUUCUCGGUCUGUCUUUCCCUUGGCAGAUUUCGACACUGGUCAGCCUCAUGCUACACAUGAGGAAGACGGGCGUGUUUCGCCUCCUAGCUCAUCGGAGCGGAACCCUAUGCGCCAUUUGGCUCCGGGUCAGAAAUAUUGGCCUGGGUUUGGUACGAACGCAUCUCAUGAGAAUUAG